GUUAAACAAGGACAAUGGAUGCAUCAUGCACAUCAUGCGCGAUACGGAACGCACCUCUUGUCACACCGUGUGACCGGUGUGACGUGUCACUUGUGUCGCUUCGCUUGUUGGAAGGCACACGCCACACAGUGUCAUCCAGUAUACAGUAGAUUUUAGUGAGCGGUUGCAGAGAGAAAUCUCUCUCUGGAGAUUGUCAUUCUGAAUCUGGCAUAUACCGUUAAAUCUAAAAAUAUAGACCGAUCAGAUACAAGAGCUCACCGAGUGCUCAGAGAGCGAUCGUCGUACCGAAUGCACUCAAUGCAUUUGGUGAGUACACGAAAGUGAGGUUACGUUAAGUUCGCGUUCAUUUCAUAUCGUGCCGUGAGUUAAAAUUACGAUCAAUCUUCAAGAAGUGCAGCAAAUACUGAAAAAAUGGGUUCUGAAUUCGAUCUCACAAGUGAAACGGAAAUGUCGCUGAAUGAAGUGUGGAACAGUAGAAGGAUAUUCAUGGAUGAUCAGUGGAACGAGUUAGUAAAGGAAACAAAGGGUUUUAAAUCUGAUUACAAAAGCAAAAAGGAAAAACCGUUGAAAAUAGUGAUGUGCUGUAGGCAAUUUACGGUUAAUCAGCGGAACGAGUUAAUGCAAGUAUUAAGGGAAACUCGAUAUCCUGAUAGAAGAAAAUUGAUGGAACUAGCCGAAAGGAUGGGAGUGUCAUUCCAAAAAAUUAGUAUGUGGUUCCGGAAUAUUAGAAGAACUAAACCUAGGAAUAAAAAGGGCCAAGCUAAGUCUUCGUCGACGCAUAAAAAUCAAAAAAUAGUGAGUUCUGAAUUCGAAUGCGAAAACAAAAACAAAGAGCCGCAAUCGCAGAAAAUAGUGCCGCGCGGCAAGAGGUUCACAGUUGGGCAACGGGACGAAUUAAUACGGAUAUUAGAGGAAACUCGAUAUCCUGGUAAAAUAAAAAUGGCAGAGAUAGCACAAAAGAUGGGAGUGUCAUCUCCCAAUAUUAGUACAUGGUUCCGGAAUAAUAGAAGAAAUCAACGGAACAAACAACUUAUGUUUUCGUCGACGUGUGAUCGUCAAGAAACAGUGUGUCCUGAAUCCGUUUUCAAAAGUGGAAAGAAAAACCCACUGAAAACAACAUUGCGUAGAAAGAGAUUCACUGCUAAUGAACGGAAAGAGUUAAUACGGGUAUUUGAGGAAACUCCAUAUCCUACAAGAGAUAAAAUGGAAGAACUAGCCCUGAAAAUGAAAGCGUCUUUUCACAGUAUUACAAAAUGGUUCCAAAAUAGUAGGACAUAUAAUCCGUACAAACAUAUGCCUUCGUCGUCAUAUGAUCAUCACGAAAAUGUGAAUUCCGAUCGCAGAAGCGAAACAAAAAUAAUGUGGGACAGCCAAAAGACAUUUACGGAUGUUCAACGGAGCGAGUUAGUACGAGUAUUUGAGGAAACUCCAUAUCCUAGUAAAAAUAAAAUGGAAGAACUAGCCCAGAGAUGGGGAAUGCCAUUUUACAAGAUCACAUCUUGGUUUGCACGUAUUAGACAAUUUAAACGGGACAAAAUUACGCCUCCAUUAACACGUGAUGAUCAUGACGGAACAGUGCAUUCUAACUUCAAUUACAGAAACGGAACGAUAAAACUGUUGAAAACAAACUUGUCGCGCAAGACAUUCACGGAUGAUGAACGGAAUGAGUUAAUGCAGGUGUUUGAGAAAAAUCCAUAUCUUAAAAGAAAUAAAAUGGAAAAACUAUCUCUGAAGAUGGAAGUGCCAUUUCACAGUAUUAAUGUAUGGUUCAAGAAUGCUAGAAGAUAUAAUCGGGAAAAGAUCGAUCUUUUGAAAGGUCGAAUCAAGAUCGAACAUUCCUAUUGCAAAAGCGAAAUGAAAAAAACAAAGCCGGUGAAAACAGCGUCGCGCAGAAAAAGGAAACUCACGGAUGAUCAGAUGAACGAGUUAGCACUGGUGCUUAAAGAAACACCAUAUCCUAGAAGAAAUAAAAUGGAAGAAUUGGCCCAGAAGAUGGGAAUGACAUUCCACAAUAUUAAUCUGUGGCUCCGGAAGAUUAGAAGGACUAAUCUAAACAAACUUAAAUCUUCGUCGUCGCAUGAUUAUCACGAGAAACCGAAUUCUGGAUUUGAUUGAGGCAGAUCAAACCGGCGAUUCCGCUGAACAAGAACGAAAAUAAGGAACUUUGUUUCUCAUGAACUGGAACAAGUGUUCAACAAAAAUGAGGGAUCCUGAUAUGUACAUCAGAGAGGAACAUGUUUAAAAAAUGGGAAUAUCAGAACAUAUGUAAAGAUUGUACAUGGUUUUAAGAAGGAAUUCGACAUACGAAUGAAAAAUUGUGAAAACGUAUUUCUUCAUCGAUGUUAUCUGGAUAUGUCGAUUCCGUAACCUAUCUGACAAGCGAUAUUAUUUCACAAUCUUAUUCUCGCCGGAGAAAGAUGCCAUGCCAUUGGAUCACUCAUCCUCAUUCGUAUUUUAGGAUUAACUACAAGACAGUCUAAUUACGGACCA